CGUGCGGCUGAGGAAUUCAUGUGGAGGUCAGAGUAGAAGCAGGUGUGAGUGGGUCCAACAGAAGGAGACAUGGCUGCCAAAGUGUUUGAGUCCAUUGGCAAGUUCGGCCUGGCUUUGGCAGUUGCAGGAGGCGUGGUGAACUCAGCUUUGUACAAUGUGGACGCUGGGCACAGAGCUGUCAUCUUUGACCGGUUUCGUGGUGUGCAGGACAUUGUGGUAGGGGAAGGCACUCACUUCCUCAUCCCUUGGGUACAGAAACCAAUUCUCUUUGAUUGCCGCUCCCGACCUCGUAAUGUGCCUGUCAUCACCGGCAGCAAAGACUUACAGAAUGUCAACAUCACCCUGCGUAUCCUCUUCCGGCCAGUGGCCAGCCAGCUCCCGCGCAUCUACACCAGCAUUGGCGAGGACUAUGAUGAGCGCGUGCUGCCCUCCAUCACCACAGAGAUUCUCAAGUCCGUGGUGGCUCGCUUUGAUGCGGGAGAACUGAUCACCCAAAGAGAGCUGGUCUCCAGGCAGGUGAGUGACGACCUGACGGAACGAGCAGCCACCUUCGGGCUCAUCCUGGAUGACGUGUCCCUGACACAUCUGACCUUUGGGAAGGAGUUCACAGAAGCAGUAGAAGCCAAGCAGGUGGCUCAGCAGGAAGCAGAGAGGGCCAGAUUUGUGGUGGAGAAGGCCGAGCAACAGAAGAAGGCGGCCAUCAUCUCUGCAGAAGGCGACUCCAAGGCUGCGGAGCUGAUCGCCAACUCGCUGGCCACCGCAGGGGACGGCCUGAUCGAGCUGCGAAAGCUAGAGGCAGCAGAGGACAUCGCCUACCAGCUCUCGCGCUCCCGAAACAUCACCUACCUGCCAGCCGGACAGUCGGUGCUCCUGCAGCUGCCCCAGUGAGGCCCAGGCUCUGCACAUCGCCUUGGGCUGGCUAGACCACAGCCCCCCUGAUUCUUGGCGCCGCCUUCCUCCUGCUGCCCCCAACACCCGCCCCAGAAAUCACUGUGACAAUUUCAUGAUUGGCUUCGAGUGAAGGAAAUAAAAGUAAAAAUCAUUUUA